AUGGAUGUGAAGUCAAGAACUAAGCGAUACGAGAAGCUGGACUUUCUCGGAGAGGGGCAGUUUGCCACAGUCUACAAAGCUAGAGACAAAGUUACAGACACAAUUGUUGCUAUAAAAAAGAUAAAAGUUGGGCAUAGGACUGAGGCUAAAGAUGGCAUCAACAGAACUGCUCUACGAGAGAUUAAACUACUACAAGAGUUGCACCAUCAAAAUAUAAUUGGGUUGUUAGAUGCAUUUGGUCACAAAUCAAACAUUAGUCUGGUGUUUGAUUUCAUGGAGACAGAUCUAGAGGUUAUUAUAAAAGACACCAGCUUGGUCCUCACUCCAGCCAACAUUAAAGCCUAUAUCCUAAUGACACUUCAGGGAUUGGAGUACAUGCAUCAUCACUGGGUCCUUCACAGAGAUUUGAAACCCAACAAUUUGUUGUUAGAUGGAAAUGGAGUGUUGAAGUUGGCUGAUUUUGGUUUAGCCAAAUCAUUUGGAAGUCCAAACAGAAUCUACACACAUCAAGUUGUUACCAGGUGGUAUCGAUCUCCGGAGCUCCUGUUUGGGGCAAGAAUGUACAGUGUGGGUGUUGACAUGUGGGCAGUGGGGUGUAUAUUGGCAGAGUUAUUACUUAGGAUACCCUUUCUCGCUGGAGACUCUGAUCUCGACCAGUUGACAAAAAUCUUUGAGGCUCUCGGCACUCCCACAGAAGAGACAUGGCCUGGAAUGACUUGUCUACCAGAUUAUGUAUCUUUUAAGAUAUUUCCUGGUACACCUCUCGAACACAUUUUCAGUGCUGCUGGAGAUGAUCUUCUCGAACUGUUACUGGGACUGUUUACUUUUAAUCCAUCUACAAGAACAACAGCCUCUCAGGCUUUGCAGAUGCAAUACUUCAGUAAUCGGCCUGGACCUACUCCUGGACCUCAACUCCCAAGACCUAAUUGCUCAGCAGAAGCUCUGAGAGAAAAGGAAACUGUUGGACUCAAGAGGAAAAUAGUUGGUCUCGAGACAACUGCAAUGAAGAAGAAGCUGAUUUUUUCAGCAGAAUGA